GGGCGAUCAAAGAGCAGCAGUCGUCUGAGAUUGUCCCCAGGGGACCCUUCCUAAGGGACUGCAGUGUGCGGUUGAAUCGUCUUGACAUGGACAAGCUUCUCACCCACAUUUGGAGUACAGACCGGGACAACGAGUCAGGGCAAACUCCACAGAAGAUAUCAAGUGGCGGACCCGAAACCUACAGAUGUGCUCACUGUAAAUAUACGACGGUUCAGAAACUACGCUUAAUUAGGCAUUUGAGUAAACACACCAACUAUACAUGCAGCUCAAAAAGUUGUUUGAAAAUUCAUUAUAAGAAACACACCGGGAAAAAGUCAUAUAAGUGUAACCAGUGCAACUACGCUAGUAGCCGGAAAGAUCAUUUGCUAUAUCAUGUAAGGACACACACUGGUGAAAAGCCAUAUAAAUGUGAUCAGUGUGACUACGCUAGUAGCCAGAAAAGUUCAUUGCAAGUUCAUGUAAGGACACACACUGGGGAAAAGCCAUAUAAAUGCAACCAGUGCAACUACGCUAGCAUCCAUAAACAUGAUUUAAAAGUUCAUGUAAGGGCACACACUGGGGAAAAGCCAUAUAAAUGUAACCAGUGCAACUACGCUAGUAGCCGGAAAAAUAAUUUGUUACAUCAUGUAAGGACACACACUGGGGAAAAGCCAUAUAAAUGCAACCAGUGUAACUACGCUAGCAACUACAAAUAUGUUUUAAAAGUUCAUGUAAGGACACACACUGGGGAAAAGCCAUAUAAAUGCAACCAGUGCAACUACGCUAGCAGCCAUAAAAGUUCACUGCAAGUUCAUGUAAGGACACACACUGGUGAAAAGCCAUAUAAAUGUGAUCAGUGUGACUACGCUAGUAGCCGGAAAAAUUCUUUGCAAGCUCAUGUAAAGACACACACUGGGGAAAAGUCAUAUAAAUGCAACCAGUGCAACUACGCUAGCAACUACAAACAUGGUUUAAAAGUUCAUGUAAGGGCACACACUGAGGAAAAGCCAUAUAAAUGCAACCAGUGCAACUACGCUAGCACCCAUAAAAGUUCACUGCAAGUUCAUGUAAGGACACACACUGGGGAAAAGCUAUAUAAAUGCUAGCAGUGUAACUACGCGAGUAGCCACAAACAUAGUUUGCAAUGUCAUGUAAGGACACACACUAGGGAUAAGCCAUAUAAAUGCAACCAGUGCAACUGCGCUAGCAGCCAAAAAAGUUAAUUACUAGAUAUCAGUCAAGUGCGCGCAUGCGACCCGAACGCACCUGUUCAGAUAAACUUAUAUUUGUUACCUGGUUCACCCAGUGGUUCUCAAACUUUCAUUUAACGACGAACUUGCUACACUUUAAACUUAACCAUGGAAUGUGCCUUGUGCAAUGUAUCUAUCACUGAUGGAGCCCAGUGUGCGAAAUGCAAUAUGUCUAUAGGCUUUUGUUGUGCGGACACCACGGAGCAAAGCUAUAGGACACUUAGAGCUGACCGAAAGGCAGCCUGGAAGUGUCCGCAAUGCAAAAGAGAGGCAUUAGCAACUGCUGAACCUAAGGACACAGAUACCAUUUUAAGUGAAAUUCGUGAGCUGAGAAAAUAGCUGGCUUGCCUACCUGGAUUAGUCAGAGAUCUCGCUGCAGUAAAAACGGAAUUAUCGGAAGUGAAAAACUCUUGCAACUUCACGAGCAGCAAGGUGGACGAAUUUUCUGCGCGUUUCGCCGAAAUGGAGAAGAAGCUACCAGAAUUUGAAGCCUUGAAUUCAAAAGUCCAAUCACUUAGCAAUGAAGAUUCAUUUUUAAAAGAAGAACUGGCCCGUAGUGACCAACUAAUGCGUCUCAAUAACGUGGAAAUUAAAGGUGUUCCUAUGAAAAAGAACUUCAAAGAAGCUAAAACUCUAAAAGUGCUUUAGAAUAGAAUAGAAUAGAAUAGAAUUCAUUUAUUUAACGUCACAACAUGGUACUGUAAGAGAGUCGGCCUAUCAGUGGAGAGCA